AUGGCGGCAAUUUCGAGAGCGACAGGAAUUGAUGACUGGUGGAAAAGUCUUCUUGUUUUCUCUGUAUUGCUGAAAUCUCUCCUGAUACCUGCGUAGUACCAUUCACGUUACCAUUGUCAAUUUGUUGAAUGUUGAUUAUCGAUAUGUAAACUUGUAAAGGUUAUUUUCAAAUAUCACUGUGUGUUUGAGCAUUAGCAAAACGACUUAAUCGUUAUUAUUAUUCUUUAUUUCAGCUGUUAAAAUUUAUCAGGGGGUGGCCAUCUAAUUUCGAUCCUUCUUUAAGCUGCCAUAAUUUGCAUUCACUUUGACAUUUAUUGUUUAUAAUGUAGAGCUUAAUUUAAUCUUGCUUAUACCAGUGCAAAGAUUGCAUGUGAUCAAACUAAAUUCGACUUGAAGAAUGCUGAUAUUUUUGUUAUCAGCUCAGCCAACGCACAUCAUUGCGAACUGCUUAUAUAGUCUCAUUAACAGAUUAACUUGAAACAAAGUACUGUUGCAAAAGUAUAUCUUUGCUUUUUGAUACCGAAUCUUCUCUGUGUUUUGGCGAGCACUUCAGAUGACAGUAGUUGUAAAAAUCAAUUUUCACCGGUUGAACAUAAUGGUUUGGGGCAUAGAAUAUUGUCUGUGUCAGGUUAGCACUUAAUUCUUAUGUCUGAGAGGUAAUUAGAAACGUCUGAUUACAUAACAUGAGAGGUGACGAGACAACAAUACGACAUUAUAUUGAGCCUGUUGACAUUACAAGAGAGCUUAUCAUCAAAUCUUCUUAUUAGGCUCUGUUUUUAAUGGUGCUUAAAUUUGUCAAAUGGUAAGUUACAGGUUUUAAUUCGUGUUGUUCCAUCUGCAGUUCAAAAAUGUAAUUCGAUAUAAUAAAUAAAGAGAACAUCAGAGUUCAGUUGCAUUUAAAUUUAUUUGGAGUGGAAUUAAGUGACAUGUCUUUGUGGUGUUUUGUUUGAAUGGAUUUUUUGCAGCCAUUCCAGUGAUUUUGAGGUGCACAGAAAUUGGCUUGCUAUUACAAACAGUUUGCCCUUGUCAAGAUGGUAUUAUGAGGUAUGGUAUGUGCACGCAACCCUUGAUAGUCACACUAAUAUUGUAGUUAUAGUAGAGAUAAAAACUAUUGCAAGGAUAAUAAUAAUAACGAUAGCAGUAAUAAUGCCGACGAUGACGUUUUAUAAGAAUGUAUAUUUUUGGCAAGUUGCUGAAUAGCCCAUGGAAGGUUUAGCAUAAGAUCUUGUUGGCUGAGAGUUUAGGGCAAGCUAGGAUCUUAAUAAAGUUGUUAUCCAAUCUCAGAGCACCUCCUCUGCCCAGGAUUAUAAACUGGGUCAAAAAACCUACUGUUUUGUUGGUUGCUCUUGGCUAAAUUUAUGCUUAUCAAGGGUAAACUGACUUUAAAUGGCUAAACUGUGAAACAUUAUUUGGUAAUUUGGUUAUGAUAAUAGUCUGCAUUGUGAAAGUUUGUCCCAAAAAUUCAAUCAGGUGUUGUUAAUCCUCUUAUUACGACUCAAAGUUCUUAUUUCAAUGUGUGAUGCGCUUAUUCCAAGGGUUCACAUAUUUGAGGGCCUUGAUAUUUAAUCAUUUUUUCCACGCAAUUAGCUACAUGCAGCUAUAAUCACUUUUCUUCUCACAAUGCUUUAUUUGAAUACAGAAAAUACAAUAAGCUGUCUUUAUAUUCAAAGUUGAUCCUUAAGUUUAAUAGCAGCACAAUACAUUGACUUAUUUUUCAAAACUUAAUAUGUUUACUAAGUGGAAACAAGUUUGGUGUGAAAGUCCAGUGAUAAAACAUAACCAAUACUUUACAUUGUUGUCGUAGUAACUAGAGUUUUUAUAAAUCAGGCACACAUGUUUAUUCAAUUUUCAGAUUAUCAACAUUACAUUGGCUGGCGCACAAAUAGACAGAGCCAGUCUAAAGCAGUGGUGAAUUAAGCAUGAGAUAGCUAACUAUACUCUCUAAGCUAACUGUCUAAACUAAACUGGAUUCAGUUUAGGGAAAUACUUACAACUGAACAAAUUUUAUUAUCAAGAAAUACAUUGCAAAGGAAAUUGUGAUAUUAUUGUUUACAAUUUGUUACUUCUAUUAUACUUGUUUGAGAAUCGAAGUAAUUGUCUUUGUCUGCCAGGAUGCCAAAUGAAAUAUCAUGGAGUUUAGUCCAAAAGAUUUCUUGGUUAGUAGGUCUUAGGCUGGCUAAUAACUCAUUCCACAGCUUGACACCCAUGUCAGAAAAAUGAGUUUUGCAUUUUGAGUUCAGAAUUUUUGAACAAAUACAUUUUUGGUAGAGGAAGAUUGCGUGUUUUGCGAAUGAAUGCAAUUUGUAUUCUCUCAUCCAAAUGCGUUUGCUUUGUUCGCCAAUACUUGUUAUUUAGUUGAUAUAGUGCAUAGUUUCUUGUUCUUAUUGUCUACAUAAGUUUUUGAUAGUGCCUGAGUUACGUCUUCUCUAAGAUUUUCAUUGAAUUUGAUACACCACAGAUUGUAAUUUUGUUUUAUCUGGUUUGGUUGUUCGGUUUUAUUUUGUGGUUGGAUAUUUGUCUUUAUUUGAUCCCAGUUGAAUCAUACCUUUGUACAUAUUCAUUUGGUUUAAAAGAUAUUUCAGCAUUCAAUAUGGUUGUAGCAUUCAUCUACAAUUAUCUCGGUACUUGUCCAGGGAAGUUAGGGAAGAGGAAGGAAGAAAGCACCCAUUUUAACUUUUUGCCGAUAGGAAGGUAGGACAGUUUUCUCUUCUAUUACAAGCAUGAAAGAUUAAAAGAAAUUUUCAAGCAGGUAGAGCAGUCUUUUUCCUGUUGACUUAUUCCGAAUUUCAAUUUGUCUGGCGGUAAUAAGAGAUACUACAAGAAAUAAAUUUUUUCAAUUAUUGCCUGAAAAGGAGAACACUGGAAGGGGAUGCUUGUUCAAGGAGUCAACAUGUCCCAGUUACCUCUGUAUACAAACUUGAUCUUGGCAAAAGGCAUCACAAAGUAACAAGCAGUGAUGAUCCCACAAAAUAUCAUCCUCCUCCAUUAUUAUUGAUUAUUUUUUCUGGAACUUGUAGAAAACUUCAGAGUGGACUCUGGAUUAUCCACCGCUAUUCGCCUGGUUUGAGUAUUUGUUAUCACAAGUAGCUGCCUUGGUCGAUCCUAGGAUGGUGAUUAUAAGCAAGUUACCUUAUACAAGUCUACCAACUGUACUGUUCCAAAGAGGAUCUGUUAUGUUUACAGACCUGCUGUUGGCUUACGCUGUGAAGGAGUGAGUCACUUUUAAUGCUUUCAAAUUUUUUGCUAGUUUGUCCUGAUUAUUCAAAAAGAGCUUUUACGAAGUAAAUUGACUUAAUCAAUGCAGUUAUACACAAUCAAGUAACACAAAAUACCAUGCGCUACUCAUUUGAUCUUUUGAUCUUUUGUGUUGCCAUGUCUUUCUUGCCAUGGCUGUUACUGCUGUAGUUUGCUUAGGGUCCCUUUCAGUGCAUGUGAAAACCAUGCCUUUCUUUGAAAACUGGUUUGGACAUGUCAGAUUGUUCAACUCUGAGGAUACCAAGAGAGAAUGAUGUGAGUGAGUGUUUUGUCAAGUGUACAUGAAAUAUGCAAGUUCUGUGGAUAAAACUAUGGCUCAAAGACAUUUUUUCAGAGUUAAUUCCAGUUAUGAGAUCUCAUAUGAAAUGGUGUGCCUACCUAAAGGCUGAGUAAGUUGUGUCAACUCAGUAAGUUGGUACUCUGUUUCCAAAGUAAUGUGCGCUGGAGUUGUGCGAAGGACACUGUAGCAUAGAGUUCAGCAUAAUGAGCUCCAGCUAUGAAGGCUUAGUUUCCAACCCUAGAGCAAACUUUGUGUUUUAUUCUUGGGCUAGAAAUCUCACUUUUGCAGUGCCACUCUUCUACCAAAAGACAGUAUAAAUAAGAAUCGGCAAACUGUCGAGUAGACUUGGUAAAAUACCAGGAGUAACUCUGCAAUGGAAUGGCAUUCUAUCUGUGGAGAUUGAAACCUACUCUGGGUGGUCGGGCUGGGUGGUUUGUGAGCCUACUUUUAAUUGCUCUUUCUUUUUUUUACCCCCUAAGGUAUUGUAGCUAUCUUGCCAAGAAGUCUUCUGUUACAGUGCGCAAUUGUUUGAUCUUGGCUAUAUUGAUCAUUUUUAAUUUUGGUCUUCUGAUAGUGGAUCAUAUCCUUUGAUACUUUCACCGCCUCAGGAAAACAGAAUAGUCGGGCGAAUUGGAUUAGUUAAUCAAGAAAAUGGUUGUUUAAAGGAGAGUUAGCUUAAUAUGAAACAAUUGAAUUUGAUCGCAUUACAUUUGGCCAUAAAACUAUUAAACUAAUCAAAAUUAGACAAAAAUUUCAAUGGCGGUAGUCAUUACUAAGUUCAAAGCACUUUUGAAAUUUUUGGGCAUGGCUACAGCAGGGAAUGUUUUGUCUACAACUUAUUUAAGAUUUGCCAAAAUUACCUCAAUGUUGACCAAAUAUGGUAUUAAAGUAACUAACUCAAAAGGAUUCAUAAAUUCCUUGACGUCUUUCAGACAUUCAUUUCCAAUACAAUGGGUUCUUGUUUGGCAUUCUGCUUCUCUCUAUAACAAAGUUGUCGCAGGUAUAUUUCAUUGUUUUAUUUUUUCUUCUCAGUGAAGGUGUGUUCACUGUAUUUCCCUUAACUGUAUCUUAAUUUGACCCUUUAAUCCCCCUGUUCUAAUUAUUAAUUCUCCCCACUACAUGCUACACAUUUCCUUGUAAAUUAGUUACAAGAAUUUUUUAUUUUGAUUCCUCUCCUUUAUUUGAUAAUUUUUUUUGAAGAUGAAAAAGCAAUUACAUUUAUUGUAAAAUUAUGCUCUUGUGGUCCUUGAAAACCAUGGUUGCAUUUUAAGACCAAAUCAACUAAAAAGAAAGGUACUGUUUGGAGCAGCAUAAACUAAUAAUAGCCCAUUUAGGAGAGUCUUCCCCCUCUGGGUUUCGAUACAUAUGUUACUUUUGUUUCUGACUGUGGUGAAUAAAAUCUGUACUUUUCAUAAAUUUGCUUGUUAAUCCACAGCGAUCUAUACCUCAAUUAAUGAGGGCAAAAUUUUGCAUGAAUUGAAAGCAUUGGAAUAUUCUUUCUAUGAAGACCACUUAAACAAAAAACUAUUGCCAAGGGCCACCUUAGAUAAUUACUGACCAGCCCAACCUGAGGAAAAUGCUAGUGUGCUUUUUAACUACAACUUACAGUUUAUGGCUCAAUUUCAGCAAGUGUUCAAAAGUGAAACAAGAGCAUUUAAAUGAUCUUUUAUGCCCCUUUUUAGGGACUUUUCCAAAUUGAGAGUUUUAAGCGUAACCUUUCCACUUACAUGUGGACGUGGUAAGAAAUAGGGCUGCUUUUCAAUUUGUCAGAAUUCUGCUAUUUCACUGUGUUGUUGCAAAUGUUUCAAAGGUGAAAAUACAAAAGUGUUUGACAUUGCUAGGAGAUGAACUUUAUUCAUUUGUCUCAUGUUGGAGUCUUUUUUGAAUGUUGAUUGCGACGUUUCAACUGCAAUACUGCCAGUCUUCAUCAGGCAAUGAAGAUUAGCAGUAUUGCAGUUGAAACAUCACAAUUGACAUGCAAAGUGACUCCAUCUUGAGACAAACAAAUAAAGUUCAUCUCUUAUCUUACACCACGCUGAAUAAUAACCACAUAUUUUAUUACUAGCAGUGUUUGACUUUAUUCAGAUCAUUUGUUCUGGCUAUAAAGUAAAGUUCAGGUGACUCAUUUCAAUCACAUUUCAAAUGCUUACUCACAUGGUAAUUGAUAAUUUUAGGGAUGUGCAUUGGAAGGCUCUUUUUGGUUUGCAGUCCUGCUGAAUUUCAAACACAUCUUUCUCUACAUUGCCCCAGCAUACUUCAUUUUCCUUUUGCGAUCUUACUGUUUCCAACCAUCUGCAGCUGAAAAGAAAGGUAAAUUAAACAUAUAAAAUCACUUGACUGUAACCAGAACCCCUAUUUUUACAAAAGCAUAGCCAAAUGAGAGGUCCUAUGAUGUAUGUGAUGUGCUUCAUUAUCAAGAAACCAUUAUGGAAAUAAACUCUUUAACUCCCAUGAGUAACCAAGAAAGAAUUUCUCUUAACAAGGAAGACAAAGGAAGAAGAAUAUCAAUAAGGGAAUUAUUAGCUGAUUCAAUAACAAAUUCUCUGCAGUAAAAUUGUAUGAAUUGCAUGACAGACAGUGAGGAAAAUUACUAAUGAGGUCUUAGUGGUGAAACGGUUGAGACAGUUCAGCUUCCUCUAACUGCUUCCUUGUAUUUAUGGCCACAUUUUUUCUCCUAGUGUCUGGUUCAAGCAUUCACUGUUAUCUAAAUCUUUCUGAAAGGGCCAGUUUUCCACAGUGCAUUGGUCAUGUAUCUAAGGAAUAAACUACAAGUCAGUCUGCUUUGGCUUCACUUGAGCAGACAGCCUUUGAGAGAUUAACUUUGCUAGAAUUUGAAUGAUAAUUGGGGGAAAAGAAAUGUCUCCAAUGCUUACCAGGUGUCAUGUUGGGAACCCUUCACUUAAAUGGCUGCCUCUCUCAAAAGACAUUUUUGGCUUAAAUAAGGUGUUUGUUUUGACAGCAGUAAAUGAAAACCUGACUUUCCCCCCCCAAUACAAGUGAGGGACUACUGUAAAACUCCCUCUUGCAGGCCAACACCUACAGGUGAAGCCUAACUAUACCCCUUUGUUACCACCAUUACUACUAUAUGAUAUGUAUGAUAUAUUAUAUAUAUAUAUAUAAUAUAUGAUAUAUAUUAUAUAUAUGAUAUAUCUAUAUAUGAUAUAUAUAUCAUUAUAUAUUAUAUUAUAUUGUAUUAUAUAAUAUGUAGUAUAUUACUACUUUAUGAGGUUAGCUCUUGCCUUUCAAAACCAGAAUUUUAGAAUAUAGUUGACUUGGCUGACAAUGAUUGUCUUUUUUAACUUUGCAGAGAAACAGUUAAGAAUUUUUGGUGUAAAUAUUUGGGAUUUUUCCCCUUUGAAGUUGAUGAGACUUGGCAUCAUUGUGGUCUUUGUAUUUGGUCUUUCAUUUGGACCAUUCAUAGCCAUGGUAUGGUUUCUUACAACAUAUAGUUCAAAAUAGUGGUAAUCUUCUAGUUCUACCAAGUUAAGUUGUUAUGCAACAUUUGCAUGAACAUGGGCUCACCGGGCACACCUAAUUUGGAGCCUUUGUUGUGUGUCCCGCACCUUCAUCUCUUGUUCUUGUGACCUCUUCAAAUGUAUUUCUUCUUCCUAGUCUUAUUUUAGCAUUGUGAUCAUGGAAAAAGCAAUUAAGUGAAUGUUCAUAAUUGGCUUACAAUAUAGUGAUAUCACAUAAAGCCAUGAUCCUGGCAGGUGAGUGGCAAUUUUAGCAAUUGCAGAAAAGAAGCAGUAACACUAGUGACACAGUGUCAAUGGGAAUUGUGUUUUCUCGUUCAUUCUACAGAAACUGGAAAAAACUUGCACAAUACAGUGCAGUAUAAAUGUUUUCAAGUAUUGUUUUUGGUUGAUUCUUGAAAAUGAUGUAGGAUUUGGUUGAUGCACUUUACUUAGCUCUGUGAUUUGUGAAGAAACUUCUUGCAUCUUCUAAAACAAUUUGAUACAGAUCUUGUACCAAUCAAGAUUUGUUAUCAUUUUUCUUUGCUUCAGGCAGUUUGCUGUUUAAGUUUUUGAGGUCUCUCAAUUCUUAUCAACCUUUUCUUUUACUUUGUUUUUGGUUUUUUAACAUUCAUUUGAAAAACUCUUGACAUUUAUGGUUUUUUUAACCAAUCAAAUUUAAUUUACAGCAUUUUGUAUAAUUAGGUGCAUAUAUUACAUAUAAUACAUUAACUCUCCUACAUCACAAACAAUAUGUUACAUACAAAAUAUCACAAAUGAUAAACUUGCUAUGAUUAAUUCCUUACAACAAAUUAAUUGUGUUUUCUUUCAAUGCCACUCUAUGUUAACAGUGAAUAUUACCUAAACAGUGGUGAUAGUGUUGGUGGGGAAUUUUAAUAUUUUUCAUCUUAAAAUUUAGGCUAUGAUGUGAAAAUAUUUUUUAAUCCCCUGCAUGCCCUCUAAUGAAAAAUUCCUUGAUCUACUCUUGCUUACUUAGUUAAAUUGUGUAAUAAAUGCUCACAAUUCUUACAGUACUCACAAGAAGUAGUGAACUUAGUUUAUCACUAACAGGAUUAUCUACAUUACAAAUCGUAUUAUGCUAUAAAAGUUUUCUUAAACUGGGUAUGAAAAAAUUUGAGCAUACAGGUUUAAAAAGAGACAGAAGAAACUGUCAGCUAGCUUUUUUGUAGUGUAUGAUAUUUUUGAAUUUUUUUUUUAUAUAGGGUCAAUUACCUCAGGUGCUAUCAAGACUUUUUCCUUUCAAACGAGGUUUAUGCCAUGCCUACUGGGCUCCAAAUUUCUGGGCUUUGUACAAUGCACUGGACAAGGCUAUUGCUAUUUUUGGUAAGGUGUAAAUGACUUAAUCCUUCAACUUCUAGAAGUGAUUAAAAUGUAACUUCUCCUUUAAUAUCCAUACAUCGUCCAGCAAACAGGUAAUGAGAGUACUCAAACUCAUCAGGUACAAGUUUUAAUCUUGAUCUGACAUCAAAUUCUCAUAAAUUAUUUCCAAGGAAAUGUGCCGCAGCUAGGGGAGAAUUAGCAAUCAGAUCAUGGGAGUUGAAUGGUUUACAACAAGUUCAAAAUCAAUACAAUAUUCCAGCUGAGUCUCAAAUAUUGUGUGUGGUACUCUGCCAUUUGGCACAAAAAUUUUGCAGGGUUUGGUUUAGUAUCUUUGGAGAUCUUAAGGCUUUGUUCUUCAGUUACAAAGUAAUAUAAAUUCCACAGGAAAUGAUUCCAUCAAAACAAAAUGCUGCAAAAUUUGCUUUUGAAUAUUUUGGUCUGUUGAGGAACUUGAGGGAAUGAGGCUCCAGCCAAGCAGGAGACAGGAAAAUUGUUUUCUGUGGUUUCAUUGUUGUGUGGCACUGUUUUGGCAUUGUGUUCUAAGGGUUGAGAAGUUCAGAUAUGAGAUUGAAAAAUUCAGUUGGAUGUUUCCAUGUGCUGAAACUCAAUGAGUUAAGAAAGUCAAAAAUAUUAUCAGACAUUUCCUUGUUAUUUUUUUUUUUUGGUUAUCUUGAUUCACUUAAAAGUGCCUCUGCAAAACCCCAAAAUUUACAAUCACCAGAAUAAAACUACUACACAAUUUUCAUGUUACAUGAUUGCCACGGUUUAGAUAGCUUAAAGUUUUUCACAAUUUGUAUUACUGAAUUUUAACCUCAAAUUAAUUGUGUGAUUCUGCCCAUCCAGAGCUGUUCAUUUGUUUGCCGAAUCAGCCAAUAGUAAAGUUGUGUUUGGCGCAAGUCAGAAGAAAAUCUAGCAUCUGAUUGUACUGUCAACUUAUAGAUAACGUGACAUACAGUUGACAAAACUUGAUAAAAUCACUGGGAAAAAACCUUUAUCACCACCAAAAGAAUUGCCUUAGAGUUUUACCAAAACCAUCAAUAGGCUCUUAAUCAGUUGCAAACAGAAAUCUUAGGUUACAUUUUUAGCAAUAUUUUGGAUAAAUUUGUGCAAAUUUGUAGGAUUGACAAACUUAAUAAAAUUGUGGAAAAAACCUUUAUCAGCAAAACAAUUGCUCUAGAGUUUUACCAAAACCAUUAAUAGGCUCUUAAUUCAAACAAAAAUCUUGGGUUACAUUUUUAGUAAUGUUUUGGAUAAAUUUUAACACAAUUAUUAGAGGGCCAGUAAUGCUCCUUGCAAUCGACAAAACAGAAUGUUUCCAUCAGAGCAUUAUCACUCACACAGUAGAAGACUUUAACAUGAUAGUCUAUGUAUGAAAACAAUAAAUUAUAUUUUUGUGUCAUUUUAGGUUCAAAAGCAGGAAUCUUGCCCAAAGAUGCCAUGAAAAGUAAAGCUUCCAUGACAGGUGGUUUGGUUGGUCAGUCUGAGCACUUGAUUCUUCCAUCAGUUCCUCCAGUUGUCACAAUGAUCCUAACACUUUUUUCUGUGAUGGUGAGUUGACAGGGACCAGUCAGUUUUUAUUGUGGGGGGGGUUUAGGGGAUUUUGGUUCUGUCACAAUAUAAUGUACCUGUUACUCCCCCCCCUUCUAAUUGGCAGUCAAUUUUCAACUUGGAAAUAUAGCGACUAUGUAAAGAUAUGGUUUUUUUUUCUGGUCACAUCUGGGAGGGAAGAGGUUAAACCACAAAAUUAAGAUGAAGGCAAUUGUCAGUCACAACAAAGAAAAUUUUCUCUAGGAGUUGACAGAGCUCUUUUCGAUUGAGUGUUGUAAAACUGAAGCCGAAGUAAGCACAAUGGCAAAUCAGUAGAAAGUGAAAUGCCCUGAAAAGCCAAUGGGAACUCAGAACAAAAACAAUCGAACUGCCUAAAGUGCGGGAAAACUCGGGCGACCAAGUCGUGAUCGGUUUUAGUUUUGUAUCCGAUUGGUUGAGAGAGUGGUGCAAGUUUUCCGGACCAAUCACAGAGCGAAGUAAAGCAAAACCAGUGUUAUCUUAAAUUACUUUCGACACUCAAUUGAAAACUGCUCCAAAGUUAUAACAAGUCAACUACUGGAAGCGCGGGAAAACGCGGGUAAUCAAGUCAAAAUUGGGUGUAGUUUUAAUUCUGAUUGGUAGAGAGGGUGUUGCGAGUUUAUUUUUUUUUUUGUGACCAAUCACAGAGCUAGUUGAAGAAAAACGAAAUCACUGGUUUCUUUCGAUACUCAAUUGAAAGUUGCGUUUUCUCUUUCAGCCUGCUCUAUGGCAUGUGUGGUUUAGGCCAUCAGGCAUCACUGGAUUUCUCCGCUGUCUCGUUCUUUGUGCCUUUGGUUCCUUCUUGUUCGGUUGGCAUGUGCACGAAAAGGCCAUCCUGAUGGUUAUUGUUCCUCUCAGGUAUAAAGUUCUGUAAAUGUUUUAUUUACAUCGUUGUAAUGGUAGAUCUAUUUUGGAAAUCACGCAGUGCUUUUCCAACCAAAUUCCAAUGAUGAAUUGGAAACCAUUGCGCGUGAAAACCCGCGAAAAUUUGCUUUGCUCCCAACUGUGGCUUCUUAGCUCAGUUGAAAGUAGCGCCAUCGGUCUUCAGGGAGCGUGGGUUCGAAUACUGAGGAAGCCUGAAUUUCAAGCCUUACUUUAAUUAAUAAUUAAUAGUAUUCUAAUCCAUGUUUAUCUCAUUAUUGUUAUGCGUAGUCAGUAUAAAUUCGAAGAACUUGUCUCACAAGGCAGUUUGACUUCCCUGCUAUACUCUCUGCUUAGAGAUGGCUCCUCGUGAAAUAUAACGUGAUUUUAGACGUCUUUGGUUUUUUUUGUCUGUUUGUUUGUUAAUUGGUUUUCAGCUUAAUGGCUGUUGUUGAAAGACGACCUGCACGGGUUUUUCUAUUGCUGAGCACAACAGGCCAUCUCUCACUGUUUCCUUUGCUGUUCCAGUCACAAGGUAAAGGUGUUCCCCUUGUUCAUACGUAGAGGAAUAUACGACGGUUCGCUUGUACUGUUUUGAUCACUCAAAUAAAACUAACAAAAGUCUCUCAAGUGAAAUUUAAUCCAUGUUUAUCUCCCGAAAUGAAGGUUAUUAGUCUAUGUGAGCGAGGCUUUUGUAUGAGUGACAUAACAUAAAAAUGACAUAAAAUGGUGUUGUUUUUUUUUAUCUUUCUUUUUUUCGGUUAUAAAACUCCUAUUCUAUGGAACGUGUAUUAAGCGGUUCACCUUUAUUCAGCGGUCACUUUCAUUCCCUUUGGGUGACCGCUUAAUACAGGUUCGACUGAAAUCUGAUUAUAAUUGUUUCAUUUGCUUUUCGCUUUCAGAAACUCCCAUUAAAGUCUUUCUCAUGCUGAUGUUUACAAUUUUCUCGUUCUACUCACUCUGUCUUGUUCACUGGUAAGUGAAAACCUGUUUCACGCGAUUCAGUGUGAUAUGAUAAAGAAUAAGGAACUUGCAGAUCAAAUGUUCGUUCGGUUUUGGGUACUUUAUACGUGUCUUCAGUUAACUUUUACUAUGUAAACAGCUUCUGAAAAUACUUCAGUUUUUGAACAGUAAGUUCAUGAAAGGAAUAAAGCACCAAGAAUUCUAAUUUGUUGGAGAUGAAGGAUAAUGAUUAGGUUUAUAUAUUUUUCUCUGUUUUCAGAAUUUUUUGACAAUGUGUUAAAGAAAUUUAUCGUGGGCUUAAGACACGCCCAAAGAAUUUAUUAAUGUUUUUUUUCAUUAUUUAAAAAGAAUUGGUUUUUUAUUAAUGUCAGUAUAUAUUUUUUUACAUUAUUUCAAACAUACAUAUAUAUAUAUAUAUAUAUUAUAUUUUAUGUAUAUAUGUAUAUAUGUAUAUAUGUAUAUAUGUAUAUAUGUAUAUAUGUAUAUAUAUAUAUAUAUAUUAUAUAUAUUUAUUUAUUUAUUUAUUUAUUUAUUUAUAUAUUUAUAUGACAUGUAAGUCUCGUUGCCCAGACACAGGAACGUUAGUAUGUCUGGAUUUACACUCACUAUCGUGGGUAAUGCUACAGUUUUCUACCGUAGUAAUACCGCUCACAGGCGUUCAUUGUGAACUGAAUUUUCUCGCGCUCACUAAAAUACAAACGGCGCAUGGAGAGCUUGCGUUUGCGGGAAAAAAUCAAACGAGGUUUAAAGGUUGAUUUGUAUUGUUACAUAAUUUUACUGAUUUGCACGGCACGGGUCGGAUAUAAAGGUGAAUAAGGUUUAGCCUUUCCGUCGACUCAAACCGUCCAUUCUCUCACACAAUUUUAUUUUACAGUAAAGCGCGUGUUCGUCAACGUAUAAGCCUACGUAUUUUGUGUUUUUAUGUGUGCUUCAAGGUGAUAAGAGGCAAAGUUGCAAACGGGAAUAUUAAAUUCCAUUACAAACCUCUCACAGCUUCGUCUCUCAUUUACACUGAUCCUUCGCUGGAAGCUCAAAGUGCACACAAAAGCGCCAGUAAUGCUGGCUUUCAACUAUUGAAGAAUCACGCAAAAUUUGCGAUACAAUUAAACUUUCUGAAAUCUUUAUCUUUGUUUCCUUCAGCGGGGAAUCUUCCGAAACGUCCAUAUCGGAUCUGUUCAAAUUACCCAUUGUUGAGUGGUACGAAGCGUGUUACUUGUAUGGUUUAGUUGUCUUGGAACUCUACUGCAGUGCCAUUCAUCCUUUUACUGUGCUUGCCGUUAAGCUGCCUUUUUUAUCGCUCAUGCUUACGUCGGUGUAUUGUGCCGUGGGUGUGAUUUGGGCGUGGAUCUUAUUUUACGUGGACACUCUGACGAGCUCGCUGAUUAAUAGGGCAGCGGUGUCAACUAUAAGAGAAACUGUGGUUGGAAAACAGUCUGCCAAGAAGAAACACUGAAAUGCCCCUUUGGACGAAGGUCAAGAGAUUCUACAGAUAAAUUAUAGUAGGCUAGUUUAAGAAAGUUUUUUGUCUCAAAACUAUGGGUUUUGAAUCCCUUUCAAACUAAAUUUUAAUACGGUGUUCUGUUAAUCACUUUGGAUUAGGACAAGAUUGCUCGAAAUAUAUGACUCUUCUAAAUGUUAUCUUGAACUUGCAUGUCAAGUGUUCUUGUGACAAGCGUUCUUAGCUCUGAAAAUCUUCAAACGGGUAAAAUGGAAACCAGCACAGAUUGCCUUAAGUCUUUUUUUUUCUCUGACGAAUGUAGAUGAAAGGCGAACGCAUAUUUGACAUUCGAAUAGGAAGAGAUUGGGUCGAGACCACUCAAAUAAAACUAGAAAUAGU